AUGGAGAAAAGGAGCGGCGCCAGGGCCACGAAGGAGAAGGAGAACGCCACGACGAAGAAGCCGAGGAUGCUCCGGAAAGCACCCAUGGCCACGAAAGAGCAGCAGCAAGACGAAGGCGAGAAACACAGGACCCUCAGCGUCAUUCUCGACCUCGACACGUGCAGAUACAAAUCACUAUACAGAAUGUUGGUUCCUGAUCUCGGCAUCUCCUCGUCUAAACUUAACACCUUGAAUAUACCUCUCGAUGGGCAGCCGUGCAAGAACGGGCACGCCGCGUGCGAGGCCUGCUGCGCCCGCACCCACCGGGUGUGCCCGUCCUGCAUCGAGCCCAUCGGCGACAUCCGGUGCCGGCCGCUGGAGAACGCCAUCGCGGGCAUGCUGGUCCCCUGCGCGUUCGCCGAGCACGGCUGCACGCGGCGCCUCAGGUUCGCCGAGAAGCCGGUCCACGAGGCGCUCUUGUGCCAGCACGCCCCGUGCGCGUGCCCCGUCCCGGGGUGCGCCUACGCCGGCCUGGAGCUCCGCGACCACAUCCAGGACGCGCACGCCGCGGCGGGCGACGGCGACGACAACGACAACGACGUCGUCAGCUUCGCCGGGUCCGCGGCGGUGACGCUGCGCCGCGGCACGCCGUUCCGGGUGCUCCUGCACGAGACGGACGGGCGCGUCUUCCUGCUGCUCAACGGCGGCGGCGUGCCCUCCGGGCGGUCGCUGUCCGUGGUCUGCGUCGGCCCCCGCCCCGGCGGGAACAGGUCCCUGGAGUACACGCUGCAGGUCGGCGGCAGCGGCGGCGGCGAGCCCGGCGCGCUCGCGCUGUCGGCGUCGGGCCCCGUGCCGUGCACGCGCCUCUGGGCGGGGCACCACCCGACCGAGACGUUCCUGUUCGUGCCGGACGCGUACUGGGGCUCCUCCGGAUCACUGAAUGUUACGAUACAUUUUCAAUGUGGAAUGUGGAUCUCUCUCCCGUGGAUGCUAAUUACUUAG